CGUUUUAUUCAAAUCGUUGCCGCCCACAUCCUUCAUAUUCAUCCUCUUCAUCUACAACAAAUUUAACGAACUCUCUCCCUCUAAAAUCCCCAAUUUUACCCUAAUUUCACCGAACUCAGAUCAUAAUAAACCCUAAUUGCAAUGAACCCGAAUCAUUGAGUCAAUCUUAGAACCCAAAACCAAAUGUAAAUAAAUCUGCGGAGGCCGAAAAGGGGAAAAACUCGUUAAAAUUAGGGUUUAUAAUUUGGAAUUAAAAUUCAAAACAAUGCAAUCGGGUGACCUGAACAAAGUAUGGGAAAUCAGAGCUCUGAAACGAAAGCCGCGACAAGAUGAAGCGAAGCAAAUUCUCGAGCGCAUUGCUAAACAGGUUCAACCCAUUAUGCGCAAACAUAAUUGGCGGGUUAAAGUUCUCUCUGAAAUGUACCCCAAGAGGAAGGAACUUCUUGGAUUAAAUGUUGGGCGUGGGAUAGAGGUGAAGUUGAGGCUACGGAGGCCUGACAGGGAGUUGGAGUUCUACUCAUUUCAUGAAGUGCUAGAUACAAUGCUUCAUGAGCUUUGCCAUAAUGCCCAUGGUCCUCAUAAUGCCAGCUUCUAUCAGCUAUGGGAUCAGCUUAGAAAGGAAUGUGAGGAAUUGAUGUCCAAGGGAAUCUCUGGUACAGGAGAAGGAUUUGAUCUUCCUGGAAAACGUUUAGGUGGGUUCUCUCAUCGUCCACCUCUAGCUUCCCUCCGCAAAACAACCCUUGCUGCUGCAGAAAACAGAAAACGGCUCAAUUCCCUUCUACCAUCUGGACCUUUACGGCUUGGUGGUGACAAAAACAUAAUGUCUGCAUUAAGUCCUGGCCAAGCUGCUGCCAUGGCAGCCGAAAGGAGACUACAGGAUGAAAUAUGGUGUGCUUCCGCUUCUGCUGGACUUGAUGCUGAUGAAUUGGGAGAUUCUAAUCUCUUGGAAACGGUUGUGCCAGCUGCUGCUAGUGCCAGUUCAAAUUCCUCUAAUGGUAUCAACGUAAAAUCUGGAGUUGUAUCAUCUUGGAAAAGGUCUCAGAAUAGUGAUAUUACUAAUCUCACUGAUUUAAGCAACAAUGUAAAUUCUACCUCAGUUGAUGUUCGUGGGUCAAAAUUAAGUAAAAGAUCCAGUGGCUCUCAUGCCAGUUCAAAUGCUUUUAAAGGUAACAACGUAUGCUCUGGAGCUGCAGCAUCUUGGAAAAGGUCUCAGAAUAGUGAUAUUACUAAUCUCAUUGAUUUAAGCAACGAUGUAAAUUCUACCUCAGUUGAUAUUCGUGGCACUAAAUUAAGUAAUAGAUCCAGUGGCUCCCAUGCCAGUUCAUCUGCUAGUAAUGGUAACGAAGUUUACUCUGGAGUAGCACCUCGGAAAAGGUCUCAGAAUGGUGAGAUAACCAAUGUAAUUGAUUUAAGCAACAAUGUGAAUUAUACCUCAGUUGAUGUUCAAGGUACAAACUCAAGUAAAAGAUCUAGUGGCUCCCAUCCCAGUUCUUCUUUACAGACGAGCAUCUCAUCCUCAGGGUUGACAACUAAUCAUGCUGCAGGGAACAAGAAUGCCGAGUUUGCUGUGUGGACUUGUGAAACAUGUACUCUGUUGAAUCCUCCAUUGGCUCCAGUAUGCGAGGCUUGUGAAACACUGAAGCCGAAAGAUGUAUCAGUCAAGUAUAAAUUCUGGUAUUGUAAAAUCUGUACUUUAGAGAAUAGCGUAAAUCAGGAAAAAUGUUCAGCAUGUGGGGAAUGGAGAUAUACGCGUGGUCCUCCAUUGGCGACUUUGCCUCCUAAUCUUGGCACUUGACAGGUUAUUUCAAGACUCAUGGUUAUGCAAGGAUGCCUUUCAAAAGCUAUGAUUAAGAGUGAAUAUUUUUGGUACUUAUUUGUAAAUCGGCAUUAGUAUUCAGUAUCGUAUUGUUGGACUGAUUGUAGAACUAGUUUCUAUAAUUAUGAAACUCAGUUAUCCAAGAGAUAUUGAAACUGUAAAGAUUACGUUCGUUGUGCCUAUUA